AUAAUUAUUUGAACUAUUAAUAUUUGAAUUAUUAUUAGAAUUUUUAUUUGAAUCAUUAUCAGAAUUAUCAUUAGAAUUAUAUUUUACGAACGAGUAAAUAAGUGAAAAAUAAUCGUGUCAGUGUGAACGAGUACUUAUCGAGACUAGGAUAAAAAAAGUUGUGAAAAUUAAUUCAAUUUCAAAAGAAAUAAUUAAAAUAAUAAUUAAAAAAUUUGUCUUAAAACAUCGCAAAAAUUAUUAUCCAUUAUUUCUUCUUAUCAUAAUUAUUAUUCACGGAAGAAUAAAUUUUUGAAACAAGUGUAAUAUUUAAGGUCUCUUAUCACUGAUUAUUAAGAAAUACAAUGUGAUAACCUUUUGUUAAAUAUAAGAUAGAUUUACUAAGUCAAACUAUACGUAAUUAAACAUUCAUUGUUGUAUAAAUAUAAAAUUUUGGAAAUAAACAUUUUUUUUCCUCAAUUCUCCUGCAAAUUAAUAUUUUGCUUUUCCAAUUUAAAUUUACUUUGCUUAACAAAUUUAAAGUAAUUUAAUGAUGAAUAUCAACACUCAUGGAUGGUCAUUAGUGACAAUAUUGAAUUUAUUAUUGGUAUCGUCAUUGAAUGCGGAAACUUUGGUAAAAAUUUCUCAGGGAUUUCUCAAUGGGACAAUUUUUCAUGGACAUGGAAGAAAUUAUUCGGCAUUUAUUGGAAUUCCGUAUGCUGCACCUCCGAUUGGAAAUCUUAGAUUUCGAAGUCCUGUGCCCGGAAAAUCCUGGGAUGGAGUACGUUCAGCGACGGAAACUCCAAACGAAUGUCCUCAAUUACUAUUAAACGAGAAUGUAAUCGGAAACGAAGAUUGUCUCUAUUUGAAUGUUUAUUCGCCAAUCGUCAAUUUUAAUUCGACACUGGAGAAAAACAUUCAUAAUGGUUCAUUAUUACCCGUUAUGGUCUGGUUUCAUGGAGGAGGAUUUUUCAGCGGAAGCAGUGAUCCGAAAGUUUUCAAUCCAAACUAUCUUUUGCAAAAAGAUAUUAUUCUCGUCACAAUGAACUAUCGGCUGGGUGUUUUGGGUUUUUUUUCCACUGGCAAUGAAUUUGCCCCAGGAAAUUUUGGACUCAAGGAUCAAGUCAUGUCUCUCAAGUGGAUUCAAAAAAAUAUUCAAGCCUUUGGAGGAGAUCCUCAGCGCGUUACUAUUUUUGGUUCAAGCGCCGGCGGUCUUUCUGUUAAUUUACACGCACUGUCAAAUGCAACUCAUGGACUAUUUCAUCAAUACAUCAUUCAGAGUGGAAGCGCAAUAACUCCCUGGGCUUAUAAGGACAGAAAUUUUUACAAAUCGUUUUCAAAAACAUUUGCUGAUUCAGUUGGAUGCGGAAAAGAUGAUGUGCAAGAUUUAGUUGAAUGUUUACGAGAAACGGAUGUCGAAAAAUUAGUAAAGCAAGUGAAAUACGAGCAUUUUGAUUUUCCAAUGUUACAUUGGACGUCAACCGACGAACCAGAAUCAGAAGAGGCAUUUUUAACCGACAGUCCUCAAAAUCUAAUCAAACAGAAUAAAAUGAAGGAUUUACCAUCGAUUUACGGUAGUGAUGUCGACGAGGGAAUGAUAAUAACACUACCCUUUUAUAUUAAUAAAGCGCCAAUAUCAAUGAUUAAAGCCUUUAAACGAACCAUCAAUUUAACGUCAAAUCAUUAUGCGAAACCUGAGGAAAUAUCCAAUUUUGAAAAAAUGAUUCAGAAUUUCUACGCAGCUGAUAAAAGCAAGCUUCUUGAGAAUUACACGAAAUUCGUCGGCGACAGUGGUUUUCUUUAUCCGAAACUUCUACUAAUCGAAAAUACUGCGAAAAAUAUCAAGAGUCCAGUUUACUUUUAUUCAUUCGGAUAUCGAGGAACUGUGAAUUUAAUAUUCUUCGAAAGAAACGUUACGGAAAAUUUUGGAGCUCCCCAUGGCGAUGAUAUUCUCUAUCUUUUUGCCAUUGUACCGAAAAAUUUUGUUUUAGAAAAAGAUGAAAAAAUGAUUAAUUUAAUGACUGAUCUCUGGACAAAUUUUGCUAUAAAUGGAAAGCCAACUUCUGGAAGUUUAGAAAAUCCCAACAUAUGGAAACCUUAUCAGGAAAAUAACAGUUUUCUACAAAUUGGAAAUAUUAAUAAUCACUUCGAACCAAGUGUUACACUCGAAAAUGUUUAUUUCCCAGAGCGAAUGAAUUUUUGGAAAAAAAAUUUUCCAUUAAUUUAAAAUUCAGCGCAAAAAUUCAUAAACUAAAAAGGGAUAAUUUUAUUUCACUGUUUAAAUUUGCAUCAGAAAAAAGAUUUUUCGAUAAUAACAGGAUAUUUUUGAUAAUUAGCAUAAGAAACAGAUUUUUAAUGUUUAUAAUCAUGAUCCAAAUGUAAAAGGAGAAAUGAGAUUAAAAUAAAAUUUUGAAUUAAAUAUGAGAUAAAACUGAAAUUUACUUUUAAGAGUUUUAAGUAAAAUAAAGAGGGAAUCGUUAAUUUAUA